AUGGCGACCCAGGCUAUCCAGAAGAGAUCCCAUAUGGGCCAUUCACAUGGCCAUCAUCACCACCACCAUGACAACACAUACCUGACGAGCACGAACAAGAGCGACCCAGGAGUGCGAAUCACGCGCAUUGGGCUCUAUGUCAACCUGGGCAUGGCGGUUGGCAAAGGCGUUGGCGGUGUUGUCUUCAAUUCGCAAGCGUAAGAGCUCUCUACAAGCGCAAGACGGAUAUUUUAGGACAAGACUGACAACGAGGCUGCUUGGAACAGGUUGACGGCAGAUGCAGUUCACGCCCUUUCGGACCUUGUGUCUGAUAUCAUGACACUCGCUACCAUCUCCUAUUCCGUCAAACCGGCCACUGUCCGAUUUCCAAUGGGCUACGGAAAGAUAGAAUCUUUAGGUGCUUUGGCUGUCUCGGGUAUAUUACUCUCCGGAGGCAUCAUGAUUGGACUACAGGCAGUCAUGGCUUUGACACAGCAGUUCUUCCCUCAGAUCUUCGAGUUCCUUUCACAUACCGGCGUCUUCGAGGCUGUACACCAUCAUGGACACGAUCACGGACACAUGGACCUUGGGCCUAACAUUAAUGCCGCAUGGCUUGCUGCUGGAUCGAUUGUCGUGAAAGAGUGGCUUUACAGGGCAACGAUGAAAGUUGCAAAGGAGAAGAGGAGCAGUGUAUUAUCCUCCAAUGUGAGUGACGACCAAUGGCUGAACAAUCUUUGCAUCAGGGGUGCAAGCUAACACAGCAAGGCGUACCAUCACCGUGUCGACAGUCUAACAGCAUUCGUCGCUCUCUUCACUAUCGUUGUCAGCCAUUUCCUCGAAGGAGCUCGCUGGUUGGAUCCUAUUGGCGGCCUUGUCAUUUCGGGCAUGAUUGUACAGGCAGGCUGGUCGAACACCAAGUCUGCGCUAUUUGAGCUCGCUGACGUGGGGAUGGACGAGGAAGCCAGAGAGGGAGCAGAGAAGGCAGUAGUAGCUAUAUUGGAUGGCGGCGACGCCCAAGUCCGUGGGGUGCAGGGCAUCAAGAGCGGUCAGAACCUGAUGUUCGAGGUCGAAGUUGGCGUGCCGAAUGACUGGUCGGUUUCCCACUCGAACGAUCUCGAAGUAGAGAUCCGAGAGGCAGUGUCAAAGAACGUGAAGGGAACGAAACGCGUCAAUGUCCGAUUUGUCUGUCUCGAUCAUGCCAACCAGGCGGCUUUCGCGGAUCAGUUUACGAAAAAGGAUACGGACGCACUGGACGAGCCCUUUGAAGAUCAUCACCACGAUCACGACCACGAUCAUGACCACGGACAUGAUCAUUCCAACGGCCACGCUACGGGAACACAGUCGAACGGAACAGCGCAAAAACGGAAGUAG